CAACGCAGCAACCACAGUUCUACACCAUCCCUACUCUCAAAUACCCAUUCUAUCCCACAUGAUACCGUGCUAAUAUACGCCUUACGGCCUACCUAAGAGAUGCCCACAUCUCUCCCAUCCGUGGUUGCUCACGCACUCUCCACCAUCGCUGAACCAACCCCCGAAGACCCCAUACGGCAGUGCACAAAACAUAACCUCAACGCCCUCCACGACCUCCUAUUCAAAUGCCAGGACCUAGCACUUGACCUUGCCGACGCAAAACUGCGCGUUUUCCCCUUCAAAGAUGUGGAGACUUGCUGGCGACGACUAUACACGGACGCGAGUAUCGUGAAAGCUUGUCUAGUGAUCGUUGAGAACUGCGGGGUCCUGGAUGAUGAGGGGGGUAAUAAUAGCAUAGGGAAACAUGAUACAGGCAAGGAGCUUUGUGCGCGAUGGGUUGGGAGGUUAUUGGAGCAGGGAAAUGACGCAACAAUGAAGUGGAAGAUUCACCCCAACGCGUGGUUAUCGCCGAUUAUUCAUGUGCUCGAUAAAGCCUUGAUAAUGACCAGUGCACCGUUACGUGAAUCACUCGUCGAAAACCUCCUAUCUAGCCUUCAAGCCGCUACAUCACAAACUGCAGACUCCCAAGACGAGGAAAGCGAUGACUCGGAAUGUUAUCGCGCUGCUAAACGCAGAAAGUUCUCCCCUCCGCUUUUCCCACCCGAUACAACCCCACCUACACGCUCGAAAUCGCCGAUACCCCGUCUCUCAGCCCCCUCGUUUGACGCCAUCGAGCACCAUAUACAGGACGUCCGGACGCCGCUGGUGAUAACGGAUGCAGUGGAACAUUGGCCGGCCAUGUCGGCGAGGCCUUGGUCGUCGCGGGAUUACUGGAUGGAGAGGACGUUUGGUGGGAAACGGCUGGUUCCUGUGGAGGUUGGGAGGUCGUAUACGGAUGAGGGAUGGGGGCAGCAGAUUAUGGAGUUUGGGGAGUUUGUGGAUAAAUUUGUUUGGAGGGGCGAGACGAUGUCCGGAGAGGAGGAUUCUUGUCAGACGGGGUAUAUGGCGCAGCAUGAUCUUCUAUCACAAAUCCCGGCGUUGAGGAGGGAUAUUUGCAUACCGGAUUAUUGCUAUAUUGAUCCUCCGGCGCCGGAACCAGGAACGCCGGUCUAUCUCAAGAAACAGCGGGAGCAGGCAGAGAAGGCCAAAGCACAUGGCGCGGAAGACUCCGGGGGGGGGGAAGACAACGACAACAACAACCGAAGGAACUCAGAAACAUCCGAAAUAAGCCUCCCAGGCGACCCUAUAAUCAACACCUGGAUCGGCCCUGCAUGGACUAUAUCCCCCCUCCACCACGACCCAUAUCACAACAUUCUCGUCCAGGUAGUAGGCACCAAAUAUAUUCGUCUAUAUUCCCCGCAUACGCCAGCCUCCCAAAUCUACCCCCGUGGAAUGGAAGCUGUUGCCUCAUCUCCCACAAAAAAUCAGACAGGAUUCGAAGAACAGGAACCAAACCACCAGCUCAUUGACAUGUCGAAUACGUCGCAGGUCGACUUGACAUCCAUUGAGCUUUCCCCGGCUGAAGAGGAUCAGUGGGAUGCACUCUGGCCAGGUUUUCUGCAAGCGGAGUAUGUUGAGACCGUUCUUAAGGAAGGGGAAUGUCUUUAUAUCCCGGUUGGAUGGUGGCACUAUGUCCGAGGAAUAAAGGCAGGUGCUAGUGUUAGUUUUUGGUGGGAAUAGGUUAUUCUUGAUGUGAUCAUGAUUGAUUCAUACCACUGCAUUGGGUGGCGUUGGAAGAUAGGUACUAGACAAUAUCAUUGCUCAUUGCUAAGCUAAGAUCAGAAGGUCACCAGAGCCCUC